ACUCCUCGGCAUUUUUUCACAAAGAAAUUAUCAAGAUGAGCGAGUACCGUCGAGGCAGCGUUUCGACAAUAGCAAGUAGUACGUCGGAUACUUUAUCGACGGUAUCCAGCGAUUGUCAGGUGACAGUUCGCUUAUUGGAUUUGAUGUACAAAACGCAAUAUGAGCUCGUGCAAGAGAAUGGACAGCGACGCCUUACCGCACCAGAGCUUACGAAGGAGCAGAGGGAGCGUAUAAAAGGGGCAGAGAUAUUUCUUGGGAGAUUGCCGAGAGACUGUUACGAGGAUGAAUUGAUGCCAAUAUUGGAAAAAGCGGGCAGAUUAUUAGAGCUUCGAUUAAUGUUGGAUUUUUCUGGGACUACGCGUGGUUACGCUUUUGCAUUGUAUACGGAUGCCAAAAUUGCACGUAAAGCUUGUUUGAUGCUCGAUGGGUAUGAAAUUAGGCCGGGCCACCCGAUCGGUGCUGUAAAGUCGGUUGACAAUUGUCGACUAUUUUUUGGGGGUGUACCAAAAAAUAAAACAAAGGAAGAAUUUCUGGAAGAAUUAAGCAAAUUGAUGGAAGGAAUUGUUAAUAUAUAUUUGUAUCCAAACGCUCAGGAUAGAUCCCUUAACAGAGGCUUUAUAUUUGUCGAAUUUAAAGAUCACAGAUCUGCAGCCAUGGCUAGAAGAAAACUUAUUCCUGGUAGAGUUCUUUUAUGGGAUCACGAAGUGGCGGUUGAUUGGGCUGAUCCAGAACCUGGAGAGCCCGUGGAUGAGGAAAUAAUGGAAAAUGUCACUGCACUUUUUGUAAGAAAUCUUUCGAUGAACAUCCCUCAGCAAAGAAUCAGAGACUUAUUUCAAAGAGCCACCAAUAUACCAAUUUUAAAAUUGAAAAAAAUUAAUCAUUUUGCCUUUGUUCACUACGAAACCCGUGAAUUGGCUGAAAAAGCCAUGAAAAUUUUGACAAGACAGGAUGGUGUAGCAGAUCAAGAAUUAUGGGAAAUUCGUUGGGCCAAGCCAAUUGGUCCCAUUAAACAAGCAGAGAGACAAAGAUGUAUUAAUGAAGCGAUAUUACAAUCUAAAAAUAAAAAAGUUAGUAAAAUUGUUAAAAGUCGUAAUGCAAAAUUCAUAAGUGAAGAAAAUGACUUGGAAGAAAUGGAAGAGUCGAUUGAUAUGCAAUAUGUGACACUUCUUACGGAUUACGUUUCUAAAACUCUACAAGCCAUGUGUUCUUUCGAAUGCUUAACAAGCUACAAUCCAGUUGGCUUCAUUCAUAAAGUGACAGUAUACAGAAAUAAUCUAUUGAUUAUUGAAGAUUAUGGAUCUGUACAGCCAACUAGACAAUUGUCUUUAAACAAUGCAGUUUCAGUAGUCUAUCAAAAAUUAAAAAACUUAUAUGAUUAUAAUAUUUAUCACAAUGUUAACUAUUCUCCAGUAAUAGUUGAUGACUUGAAUAGCCAAAUGAUGAAUUUAAAUUUCAAUAAGAAACAAGAACCACAAUUCAGAAAUGCUUGUUAAUAAAUUGUGUGUUGAGGCCAUUUAUAAACGGUACGCGUAAACAUAGUUAUUUAAUAAUUUAAGUCUUUUUAAACUUAUAAUUAAGGCAACAAUUUAAAUGUUUUGAUCAGAUUUUAAUACCAAACGUUAUGUUUAAUUUAAAUUGUUCAUAAAAAAAACUUGCAAUGU